UUGUUAUACCCGACUCUACAACAAUGGUCCAACUCACACAGACCAGUAUACAAACUCAGUUUGAAGAGUUCACCACCAACCAACACGUCAACACCACUGAAUCACAAAUCUCAACAGAAUUAUACAACUUCUCAUCAUUAGGUGAGUCCUUCAUUUCUUCAUUAUAG